GGCGAGCCGACCGCCGCUGACACUGCUCAAGCUCUCAACAUCUCGGCACCGUCGAACGCCUCCCCUCAAUUCUAAAAACAACGAGAAGCACGGCGGAUAUCCAGCAUGCCGAGCAAAGCAAACAGCGUGGACGAUCCUGAAGUCACGAUCCGCCUGAAAUAUGGCAUCCAUACCGUUUUUAUCUCCGCGAUGCUCGACUGGCCCUUCUCCCGACUCACCGCCGAGCUUCUCUCCAUCCUCCGCGAGCGCUACCCAAACGGGUUAACCACUUCGAUCGGCCCGCCCCAAUUAGUCGCCGUUCCCGCAAGCGACAGCGACGUCAAGGUUGCUUACGCCCUCCCCAAAAACCCCGGCGACUUGACCCAGGGAUGGAAAACCAUCAACGCACGAGAGACCGACAUUCUUGGCAAAAAGGGUGUGACUGACAUGAGCUCCGUCGCCUUUGCGUUCCUGGAGACCGACGCGAACGAGACCCAGGCUGUUUUUGCGGUGGAGGUCCCAACUCUCGACGAAGAGGCUGCUCUCGGGGAAGAGGAGGAUUUAGGGGACUCGGAAAUCUCGUGAAGACCUUGAAUGGCUCGUGCCUCCGCUUUCGCGCUAGCACUUCACGGAUAUGUGGGAUACGGGGUACAUGGGAUCUAGGCGUUGAGGAUGGCAAUACCCGGGGAACAAGUUUUCUGUUGGAUGACUAAAAGGCGCUCUACAAUGCGUGGUCGAGGAGUGGUCUUCGGCUGUUGAGAGAUCGUUGGACUGGAACCCGUAAAAGUGUCACAGAAACACGACUUGAGUUACCAAGCUACCCAGUUCUUGGCCGCUGCGCAUUCGUCGAUUUGCAGGAGAAAUCUUGGCCUCACGUCUCGCGUUCCGUGUGCUUGGCCUCGACUGGGAGGCACGUAGUCCGCUACCUCUAGUGACAGGUAUCUCGCAACGAAUGUGACGUCCAAUCUGGUUCCUAUA